CAAGCGAAACGGCGGCGUUUUGCGACAGCGGCGCCGUAAAGCGCAACGUGUUGUUGACAGCGGACGAGGAACUCAGCCGGCGCCAUGAGCAGAGCCCGGAGGCCGCCGGGACGCGGCGCCGCCAUCGCCAGGCAGAUGGGUUUGCUGACGGAGCUCUCUCCGGAGGGCUCAGCCGGGGAUGACGCCGAGCUGGAGGCUGAGCUGCUGGCGCUGGUCGGCGGCCGCUCUGUGCCGGGAGAGAAACCGGAGCAGAAAACGCCGCUGCCAAUGGAGGCGAUUGAGCGCAUGGCCGCACUCUGCAUGAGGGACGAGGAGGACGAGGAUGGGGAGGAAGAACUGGAAGAGGAGGACGAUCUCCUGGCCGAGCUGCAGGAGGUGCUGGGCGGCGGCGAAGGGAGCGAAGCUGCGCCAGACGCCGAGGUGCUGCAGGUGCCGGAGCCGCCGUCGGAGCCGAGCGACGUGGAGGCGACGCUGGUGGAGCGGGUGGCGAUGUACCAGGCGGCCGUCGGCAAUGCCAGGGAGGCCGGGGACGGCUCCCGGCUGCGGCGCUACGAGCGCGGCCUCAAGACGCUGGAGAACCUCUUGGCGUCCGUCAGGAAGGGCAAAACCAUCCCGGAGGAUGAGAUUCCCCCUCCGGUGGCGCUGGGGAAGGGCAGCAGUGCCCCGCAGCCGCCGCCAGCUCCGCCGCAGCCUCCGCUCCUUCCCGUCGUUGAGAUGGAACCAGCGCCUCCCUCGUCGCCUGCGCAUCCAGGUAAGGAUUCGGCUCGUUAUUCCUCGCCGGAGAUGGACGGAUCCUGCCCCGGCACGGCCGCUCUCCUCUCGGCUCCGGCGGGCUCCGAGCGGGCCAGCGCCGAGGCCUUGCUGCGCCGCCGGCAGCGGGAAUACAAGCUCGCCGCACUGCACGCCAAGCAACGCGGAGACCUGGAGGCGGCCACCAAGCACUACCGUCUUGCCAAGAGCUUUGAUUCCCUGCUGGAAGCAGUGGCGAAGGGGCAGCUGCCAGAGCCGAGCAGCAUCCCACCUCCUCCCGCCCAACCGCCGGCGGAGCCGUUAUCGCCCGGCCAGCCCCAAGCCGUGCCGGAAACCUCUCCUGUGGCAGAGGUCCCUUCGGCGCCGCGGGACGCGCUGGAGGCGCUGCAGCAGCGCAUGGAGCGCUACAGGACGGCGGCGGCGCAGGCCAAGAGCAAAGGAGACGACCGGAAAGCGCGGAUGCACGAGCGCAUCGUCAAGCAAUACCAAGACGCCAUCCGGGCGCACAAAGCGGGGAAGGCGGUGGAUUUCUCGGAGCUGCCCGUUCCGCCAGGCUUCCCGCCUAUCCAGGGCGCCGAGACGCCGUCCGGAGACCGGAGCAUCGCCGGCGUGCUGGAGACGGCCAUGAAGCUGGUGAGCCAGGAGGACCGCGAGGAGGAGAACGGCGGCACCGAGGAGGCCAAGCCUUCCGCCCGUCCGGCGCAAGCUCCUGCCGCCUCCCAGCCCAAACCGCCGCUGCCGCCUUCCCGGGAUUCCUCCACGGCUGCGCCGAAUUCUGCCGGAACGGCCAAACCGGCUCCUAAAACCACGGCGAAAGCGCAGCAGCAGUUGGCGUUCCUGGAGAGCCGUCGGAAGGCGCUGCUGGAGGCCGCGCUCCGGGCCAAGCGCCGCAACGACACGGAAGGGGCGAAGCUGUUCCUGCGCCGCGCCAAAGGGAUGGAGCCCAUGAUCCAGGCCUCGCGCGGCGGAUUCCCCGUCGACAUCACCAAGGUCCCCGAAGCUCCGGUGAAUAAGGAGGAUUUUGUGCUGGAGCCGCAGCGGGAUGCGCGCAUCCCUCCGGAGGCGGCCGGGCGCUACCAGGAGCUGGUGGAGCGCAUCCGGCAGCAGCACGAGAUGUGCCUGAAUUAUUCCAAGCAGUUCACACAGCUCGGGAAUAUCACGGAGACGACAAAGUUUGAGGAUCUGGCUGAGGACUGCAAGCGGAACAUGGAGCUGCUGAAGGACGCCCACGCUCGGGGUUCGCCGCUGCCGAAGUAUCACUACGAGCAGCGAACCUUCACCGUCCUCAAAAACUUUCCGGAGCUGAACAGCAACGAUCUGGCGCUGUCGAUAGUGAAAGGCUUCAACCUCCCGGCACCGGCAGGAGUGGCUCCCAACGACCUGGACGCCUUCGUGCGGUUCGAGUUCCCGUACCCCAACGCGGAAGAAGCUCAAAAAGACAAAACCAACGUCGUCAAAAACACCGACAGUCCCGAGUUCCGGGAGCAGUUCAAGCUGUUUGUGAACCGCGGACACCGUGCGUUGCGCCGCAUCCUUCACACCAAAGGCAUCAAAUUCGAAGUGCUGCACAAAGGGGGCCUCUUCAAGCCGGAUCGGCUCCUCGGCGCCGCGCAGCUCAAACUGGAGGCGCUCGAGACCGUCUGCGAAGUCCGUGAGAUCCUGGAGCUGCUGGACGGGCGCCGCCCCACGGGGGGGAAGCUGGAGGUGGUGGUGCGGCUGCGGGAGCCGCUGAGCGCGGCACAGAUGGAGCCGCGGACGGAGCGAUGGCUCGUCGUGGACCGCGGCGCCCCGGUCGCCAAAUCCCGAUCCCGACUCAGCACCGGUGUCGCUCCGGCCAAGGAUGGGAACAACAGGGUCCCCGCGCCCCCCAGCCUGCACGUCCUGGCCUUCGAGCGGGAGAAGCUGGAGCGGAAGAUGUUGGCGUACUCGCAGGCGCGGCGGCCGAUCCCGGCGGAGCUGCGGGAUCAGCACCAGGAGGUGGUGCGGCGCAGCCAGAGCCUCCGCGCCCGCCUGCAGAGCGGGGACCCCCCAUUCCGCAGGGAGUAUGUGGCGCAGUUGGAGCGGCUGCUGCUCCUCUACGGCGAGAGCGCGCGGCACCUCGGCAGCGCCGGCAGCCGGGACGCAGCCAAGGAGGCGCUGUACAAGAGGAACCUGGUGGAGAGCGAGCUGCAGAAGCUUUGCCGCUGAACCCCCGGAUGGGCUCACGGGGGGGCCCAGGUGCUUUGGGGGCCCCCCCGGGCGCUGCUGAGACAAUCACAGGGACCAGAGCUGCUACUCCCCCCCACCCC